GACAAACAAGCGAAAACAGGAGAGGAAGUUGCAGGCCAGAUAAACCUUUUGUUAUACGUGACAGGGACAUGUUCUUUAUUCUGAUUCAAUUCAUUUUCUGUGAUGUGACUAGGAACAUUUUCCUGCUCCAACCUAGCAAGAAUCCAAAUUAAACACUCCCUCCAAGAAAACUGUUUGAUAAAUCUACUAAGAAUAAAAAGGAUCGGUGAAAGUUUCUUGGACAUAUCUUCUCUAGCAUAGACAUACCUAUAGGAUUUUCAGUACUUUUAAGGCUGAAUUUUCUACCCUAUUCAACUAGAGAGCUGUUAAGAUCCUAAAGGCAUGUGAACGAAUUUUUGAAUUAGUCUUUGCCGUGUGUGCACAUAGCUAUAAAGACGGUUGUCACCUCUCCUCUCUAGAAAAAAAGAAUGGAUGUUCUUCAUACCAUCUUCACCUGUAUAGGAACUCUCUUAGUCAUUUCUUUCACUUCUUUCUUAAUUUUUAUACUAAGGAUCUACGCUGGCAAGUCAAUCAGAAACCGAAAAUACGCACCAGUAAUAGGAACUGUGUUUCAUCAACUCUUCUACUUCAAAAGACUCUAUGACUAUCAAACAGAAGUCGCCAAGAAACUCCCUACUUCCCGACUUCUAGGUCCAGCCCAUAGUAUGAUAUACACCACUGAUUCAAGAAAUGUCGCGCACAUUCUUAAAACGAACUUUCCCAAGUAUUCUAAAGGCAAGCGUAAUCAAGAGAUAAUAAUGGAUUUGUUUGGAAAAGGGAUUUUCGCAGUGGACGGUGACAAAUGGAAGCAGCAGAGAAAGCUUGCAAGCCUUGAGUUCUCAGCUAGGGUCUUGAGAGACUUUAGCUGCGCUGUUUUCAGAAAAAGAGCAGCCAAAUUGGUCAGAAAAGUUUUUGGGUUCUCUAUCUCCAACCAAGUUUUUGAUAUGCAAGAACUGCUAAUGAGAUGCUCCCUGGAUUCAAUAUUCAAAGUUGGCUUUGGAGUUGAUCUGAACUGCCUGGAUGGAUCAGGAGGAGAUGAUAAUAAUUUCAUCAAGGCCUUUGAUGAUUCCAAUGAAUUAAUAUAUUGGCGUUAUGUUGAUUCAUUCUGGAAGCUUAAGAGAUACUUCAAUAUCGGCUCUGAAGCUCUCCUGAAAAAGAACAUCAAAUUCAUCCAUGAAUUCGUUGAUGAACUUAUUAGAACAAGGCGAAAACAGCUUGAAAUGAAACAAGAUUCUAUUGAUAAGGAGGACAUACUCUCAAGGUUUCUGGUAGAGAGCAAGAAAGAUCCAGAGAAAAUGACUGAUCAGUAUCUCAGAGAUAUUAUACUGAAUUUCAUGCUUGCUGGCAAAGAUAGUACUGCUAAUACUCUUUCAUGGUUUUUCUACAUGCUUUGCAAGAACCCCUUGAUACAAGAAAAGGUUGUUGAGGAAAUAAGAGAAAUUACUGGUGAUAACAUGAAGGAUAAGGAAAAUUUGGAAGAUUUUGUUGCAAGUAUUACAGAAGAGGUCCUUGAGAAAAUGCAUUAUCUUCAUGCGGCAUUAACAGAAACCUUGAGGCUAUACCCUGCAGUCCCAGUGGAUGGCAGGUGCGCAGAUGCAGAUGAUGUUCUUCCUGAUGGCUUUCACAUAAGAAAGGGGGACGAAGUCAAUUAUAUGUCCUAUGCAAUGGGGAGAAUGACUUAUAUUUGGGGGAAUGAUGCUGAAGAUUUCCGACCUGAAAGAUGGUUCAAAGAUGGGAGUUUCCAGCCAGAGUCACCAUUCAAAUUCAUAGCAUUUCAUGCUGGUCCACGAAUAUGUCUAGGCAAAGAUUUUGCUUAUCGGCAAAUGAAGAUUUUAGCAACGGCCCUUCUUUAUUUCUUCAGGUUCAAAUUAUCCGAUGACACGAAAGUAGUAACUUAUAGGACCAUGUUUACACUCCACAUCAAUGAAGGGCUUCCAGUUCAUGCAGUUCCAAGAAGAGGAUUAGUAGGAUGCUGAAAUGCAGAUUGCACUUUGAAUGUCAUCUUUUUUAAAUAUAAUAAGUCCAACUAUUGAUCACAACUUUGUGACUAGGAAGUGGAUGCUAGUCAUCAAGUUCUUGAUUUCUUGUUAGAAGUAUGGAAUGACUUCGUAUUAGUGAGAUGUUGUACCCUGAAUUCCGUAUUCAAAAGGUUGGCUUUUUCAGUGAACUUAAAUAACCAAGUAAGAAGUACGACUUGAAAUUAUAGCACACUGUUGUCCAAUUUAAUAUUAUUUUUCUCUCGUUAGUGGAACAUAUAGCACAUUAGAUCAUAAAGUAUUAUCCAUUGGAUCAGAUCAUGUCCUGUAAAGCAGGACGGACAAACAUGACUAUAUGGGAUGGAAACAUUUUGA